AUGCCAAAAAACGCAAGAGAUGAGAUUACAUAUGGCCGACGUCGCAAACUGGCACUUGUAAUCGGCAUCGGCGAUUAUGAAGAUGGUCAAAAAUUAGAAGAUCCAGAAAAUGAUGCAAAUGAUAUGUCGUCUGCCUUGGAGACGAUCGGUUUUAUAGUUACGAAGAAACUAAAUCUCAAACGUGUAGCGAUGAAACAUGCUAUUAUUGAUUUUGAAGAAUCAAUAGAAUCGGGAGACAUAAUAUUGUUUUUUUUUGCUGGACAUGGAGCACAAUGGGAAGAUGUGAACUAUAUCAUACCAGCAGAUAAUGAUUGUAUACAUAGUCCAGACCUAAAUCGACGUGCAAUUAACUUACAAGAUAUUUUAAACAAUUUCAGCGAUCGAAGACCGUUCGUGACAAUAUUUCUAAUGGAUUGCUCUAGAAUAUAUUACUUACGUAAUCCUGCAGUAGAUGCGCGAUCUCCAAUUUCGAAUGAUCCUAAAUCAGUUGGUCUCAGAGCAAUCAAUCCUAAUGUUGGAUCACUGAUAGCGUUUGCUUGUGCGCCUGGAUGUAUUGCAAUCGUUGCAGGCCGGCAGCAACACGGUUUAUUUACGAAGCAUCUUUUAUCACAUAUUAAAACCCCUAAUGAAGACAUUCGUAUGGUAUUGAGUGAGGUUACUAAAGGAGUGAUGGAAGAAUCACGAUCGAAACAGGUUCCAUAUGUUGUUUCUUCAUUAGCGCACAAGCAUGUAUGUUUAUUUGAGCAAUCCUGA